UGUGUUUUGUUUACAUGAUGGCGGCGUCUUCCCCCGACAGCGACCUCGGGAGCAUCGAGUGUUUCCAGAAUUACACGGCUCCGGAGGUCUUUGUGCAGGGUCUUGCGGGCCAGAUUAACCAGCAGGAUGUGGAGGCCAUCAUACGAGCCCAGAAACAGAUGCUCCAGCGCUUUGAGAAAACCAACGAGAUGCUGAGCAACUGCAACGCCCUCUCAGCCACGCGCUUUGCCCUGGCCCAGAAGGAGUUCAAGAAACACACGGCUCUCCUCGUCGACAUGAAGAAGGACCUGGACAACAUUUUUCGUCGGAUCAGGACCAUCAAAACCAAGCUUUCCAACCAGUACCCAAGUGCCUUUAGUGGAUGAAAAAGAGUCAGUGUGUACAUCAGACUCUGGAAAGGUAGCCAUGUUUGCCUGUUUGCCUUCCAACACCUGAAGUGGAUGUGUAGAUGUACCAGAGGUGAGGUCCAGGCUCUUCUCUCUAUGCAUGACUUCCUUUGUCGUUGUAAACAGUUCUUCUCUUUCGUUGGGGUUGGUGAAAACGUGAUGGAGGAGAGAGACCCAGUUCUGGUGUGAAUGAGUCUGUGCAAGAUGUGUAUAUAUAUAUUUGUUUUUGUUUUUGUUUUUAUGUAUUUGUUUUUUAGUUUUUUCAGGUUCCCUAUUUUUCACCUUGUGUGGAUAUAUUCAUUGUGAAAGUUUGUAAUUUCUUUUUUCUUUUGGUGACGUCAUGUCAUUGUUGCCCAGAGUCUCCUACUCAGCUCAAGAGUCAGUGGCCACAGUGUAUAGAAUAAACUUGUGUUGUGCAUCGGUCAUUAUUAGUAUGAAUUGCUUUAAAAUGUCAAGAGUACCCUGGAAAAUAAUUAUUAAUGCUAAGAAGCAAUAUGACCCACUAAAUGUUGAUAGAAUCUUAAUCACAAAUGAGAGAAGAGCCCAAUGUUCUUAAAAUAUGUAACUUAAAAUAGAGUAGAUUGGUGUGAAUAGCUUCCCCUUAUUUGUAUAAAAAUAGUUAUUCCCAUUUUUAAAGCUCCCGUUUCCCUUGUAGUAGUUAUACUUAAAAAUUGUCCUCUAAGUGGAGACCAGAAUAUUAGCAUUGCUAUAUUUGACCCUCCCCCAUUCAUAAAAUCAAUGGCUGAUAGAGAUGAAAUUAAAGGAUGAUAAUAUAUGUUUUUUCUUGUGUGUGUGUUUGAACUUCAAAGUACCAUGCCAGCUAGAAGGAUGUAACCUGUGAAGAUCUAAGGCCAGUGUCGUACCCUCACCAGACAAACAAAUACACAUGUAGAAUUGAAACAUGAUCAGUGUUUAUUUAACCUCCCUCUUUCUU